GACGUAAGGGGAAAGAUGGCGGCUGGGGGAGCAGGAGCCGGUGUGGGGCUGGCGGUGUGAAAAGAGAGAGGGAGGGAGAAACCCGGUCGGCCGCCUGGCAGUUGCCUCGGCGCUUAAUUUUAACUCGUGCUGAUUGUUUAUUUGAAAACCAACAAUGACGUCCAUCAUCAAACUGACCACUAUUUCUGGAGUCCAGGAGGAAUCUGCCCUUUGCUAUAUGCUGCAGGUGGAUGAAUUCCGCUUUCUGCUUGAUUGUGGCUGGGACGAAAGCUUCUCCAUGGAUAUAAUUGAUGCACUAAAAAAAUAUGUUCAUUUGGUUGAUGCAAUCCUACUUUCUCAUCCGGAUCCUUUACACCUGGGAGCUCUCCCUUAUGCUGUUGGGAGGCUGGGUUUAAACUGUGCAAUUUAUGCCACAAUUCCUGUUUACAAGAUGGGGCAGAUGUUUAUGUAUGAUCUCUAUCAGUCUCGGCACAACACAGAAGAGUUUUCUCUGUUUACUUUGGAUGAUGUGGAUGCAGCAUUUGACAAGAUUCAGCAACUGAAAUAUUCCCAGAUUGUCAAUUUAAAAGGUAAAGGACAUGGCCUCUCCAUAACUCCUUUGCCUGCAGGCCAUAUGAUUGGAGGAACAAUUUGGAAGAUUGUGAAAGAUGGAGAAGAAGAAAUUGUGUAUGCAGUUGACUUUAACCAUAAGAGAGAAAUCCAUCUGAAUGGAUGUUCACUGGAAAUGAUUAGCCGACCCUCAUUACUCAUCACAGAUUCUUUCAAUGCCACCUAUGUUCAGCCCCGAAGAAAGCAACGAGAUGAACAAUUGCUCACCAAUGUCCUGGAGACUUUGCGUGGUGAUGGCAAUGUGCUAAUUGCGCUGGACACUGCUGGCAGAGUGCUGGAGCUAGCUCAACUUCUGGACCAGAUCUGGAGGACCAAGGAUGCUGGGCUAAGCGUUUAUUCUCUUGCUUUACUCAAUAACGUUAGCUAUAAUGUGGUGGAGUUUUCUAAAUCUCAGGUAGAAUGGAUGAGUGACAAGCUAAUGAGAUGCUUUGAAGACAAACGAAAUAAUCCCUUUCAGUUUCGUCACCUUUCUUUGUGCCACAGCCUUUCAGACCUGGCUCGAGUACCCAGUCCAAAGGUUGUACUAGCCAGUCAAUCUGACAUGGAAUGUGGGUUUUCACGAGAUCUUUUCAUACAGUGGUGUCAGGACCCCAAAAAUUCUGUGAUCCUCACUUAUAGGACGACACCUGGAACACUGGCAAGAUAUUUGAUAGACAAUCCUAGCACCAAAAAAAUGGAUAUUGAGAUUAGACGUCGUGUAAAAUUGGAAGGGAAAGAAUUGGAUGAGUACCUAGAGAAGGAGAAGCUCAAGAAGGAGGCAGCUAAAAAGCAGGAACAAGAGAAGGAGCGAGAUGUUGACUCCAGUGAUGAGAGUGAUGUUGAAGAAGACAUGGACCAACCACUGACUGGAAAAACCAAACAUGAUCUCAUGAUGAAAAGUGAGAGCAGUCGCAAGGGAAGCUUUUUCAAACAGGCUAAAAAAUCAUACCCCAUGUUCCCGGCUACAGAAGAGAGAGUGAAGUGGGAUGAAUAUGGAGAAAUAAUAAGAGCUGAGGAUUUCUUAGUUCCGGAACUUCAGGCAGCAGAAGAAGAAAAGAGCAAACUUGAUUCUGGUCUGAGUAAUGGUGAGGAGCCUAUGGAUCAGGAUUUAUCUGAUGUUCCAACAAAGUGUAUCUCAGCAUUAGAAACCAUAGAAAUCAGAGCCAGAGUGACAUAUAUUGAUUAUGAAGGACGGUCAGAUGGUGACUCUAUUAAAAAAAUUAUUAAUCAGAUGAAACCCCGGCAGUUGAUUAUUGUUCAUGGACCUCCAGAGUCCAGCCAGGAUCUUGCUGAAUCAUGCAAAGCAUUCGGUGGAAAGGACAUUAAAGUUUACACACCAAAGCUUCAAGAAACAAUAGAUGCCACCAGCGAGACUCAUAUCUACCAGGUUAGACUAAAGGAUUCUUUAGUCAGUUCUCUUCAGUUCUGUAAAGCAAAGGAUGCAGAGUUAGCCUGGAUAGAUGGUGUCUUGGACAUGAGGGUGUCAAAGGUAGAUACUGGGGUCGUUCUGGAAGAGGGGGAGUUAAGAGAGGAUGAAGAUGGGGAAAUGCAGGUUGAUGCUCCCCCAUCCACACACAGCUCUGACCAAGUUGCAGCUCAGCAAAAAGCGAUGAAGAGCCUGUUCGAUGAUGAUGAGAAAGAAACCAAUGAAGACCUCGAUGUAAUUCCCACUCUGGAACCAUUGUCACCAAAUGAGGUUCCUGGUCAUCAAGCAGUCUUCAUUAAUGAGCCAAGAUUAUCCGAUUUUAAACAAGUUCUUUUGCGGGAAGGUAUUCAAGCAGAAUUUGUUGGAGGCGUGCUGGUCUGCAACAAUUUGGUAGCUGUUCGAAGAACUGAGACAGGACGCAUUGGACUGGAAGGAUGUUUGUGUGAAGAUUAUUAUAAAAUACGGGACCUUUUAUAUGAACAGUAUGCAAUUGUGUAACGGCACUUGGAAUACUCUUGAAAAACGAUCGAUCCUACUCUCCAGGAAUUGACUGCCAGUGUGCUGGAAAACAUUUGUGACAUGUAAAAGAUCUGAACAACUUUUUUUAACUAGAGUAGCAUUUGUUCAUAAUUUGUGUUUUGUUUCCUCCUUCAACUCUACUGGAAGAAAUUUGAAAAGUCAAAUUGCUGUUGUGUAUUUUACUUCUGAUGAACUAUUCUGUUAAACGUUAGAAAACGUUCUCUCUUCACCAGUUCUCACUCUACAUAUUUUUCUUUUAGUCAUCACCUACAGUACUUUCACUGGUUCACAAAGGAAUACAAGCAAAAGCAACUCUUAUUUCACCUGAUUAUAACACAGCAACUACAAUUAAAGCAUCCCAAAGUUCCUGUUAUUAGUCUGUGAAAAUCUAGCUUAACCUAUUUUAUAGAUAAGAAAAAUGACAAAGUUGAAUGGGUGUUUUUUCAACUGAUACGACUUGAAACAGUUUUAAUGUUUUGAUAGCACAAAGUUGGUAUUUUGGUGCAAGAUCCUGGUUAUUCACUUGCUUUAUACAGUAUUAUAAAGCUUUUGAGGUUGGUUAUCAGGUUUUGUAAAGCCAUAAAUGCAGAACCCAUCAAUAUACAGAUAUUGUUGUGAAAAGGUUUGAUAAAUAGCUAUAAGACAUUUAUAAAGGCUAAAAUAGUUAUUUUGAGUUUGUGUUUAUAAUGAAUUGUAACUUCCCAAGAAAUAAGCAAUUAAAUUGUUUAUAAAA